UCAGGAUCUAUCAUGAAUAUCCAUCUUCUGUGGGGUUUUUUUUUGAGACAGUAAAACUGUGCGAGUUACAGCGCCUCCUCCCUUCGAAAUUUCGCCCGCCUUUUCUUGUUUACUUUGUGCCAGUCCAUGUAAGGCUGCCAUUAUUGUUCUCCUCCUGGAGAGAAUCCCCAGUUUGGCCCUCACCACUAUAUCUGCUAGGCUGGUCGAAUCAAGGGUAGUUUGGUAAUGCUUGCAAUAUUAUAAGGUUUGUUGUGGAAGUGGGUUCCUGCUCUUUCCUGGAUUCCCUCCACCAGAGUCCUUGGAUUGGGGUCCCUGUAUAGGGUGUGGACCGUGUGCAUUUUUUUUAAUUUCAUGUGAAGGGGUACCGAGGCAGAUAUAUGCACCACGUCCAUUUCUUUUUGACCUAUUUUGGUAGCUAAGUUUUCAGGUUCGUUUUGAAAAGAAAGAUUUCAGCUUCUUGAAUGAUGAUAUAGGGUGUGGACCGUGUGCAUUUUUUUUUAAUUUCAUGUGAAGGGGUGCCGAGGCAGAUAUAUGCACCACGUCCAUUUCUUUUUGACCUAUUUUGGUAGCUAAGUUUUCAGCAUUCCAUUGCAGAAGGAUUUGGUGAGGAAUCUCAUCAUGCAGACUUCAAAAACAAGGAAUGGGCUCUCAGAUGCCCCGCAGAGGACGUCUCCAAGGACACCACGGGCAUCUCGUGUGGCCAAAACUGGAGGGAAUGAAACUGAUUCUACAGGAGUCACCCCGACAAGAACACCUACAGACAGGAGUCCUAAGGUCACUGAGCGGCGGUCUCCACGAAGCCCAGUUACUGAGAAGAAGCGCCCAAGUAGGCUAUCUGAACUGGAGUCCAAAGUCAGCCAGCUGCAAGAUGAACUGAAGAAGGCCAAGGAGCAGCUUAGCUCAUCGGAGGCACGGAGGCGACACGCACAGCAGGAGGCUGAGGAAGCAAAAAAGCAAGAGCAGGCUGCAACUGCGAAGCUGGAGGACUUGCAGCACCAGAUUGAUGAGUCCUCAGCAGCAGAGGAAUCCCGUCUCCAGGAGCUGCGCAAGAUCUCACAGGAGCGUGACCGUGCCUGGGAGUCAGAACUCGAGGCUGUGCAGAAGCAGCAGUCAGUAGAUGCCACUGCACUAAGCUCAGCGAUGUCUGAGAUUCAGAGGCUGAAACAGCAGCUGGAAGCCACUUCAGAGUCUGAUGCAGCCCGUGCGAGGCAAUGUGAGUAUGCAGAAACUGAGAUCGAGGGCUUAAAGCAGGAGAUGGAGAUCCGCCUAGCGACCAUCGAGGGCCUGAAGGUAACUGUCGGUGAGAGCGACAAGGCUGCAGCUGAGGCAAAUGCCAUAGCAAAUGAGGCCAAGCACCAGCUGGAGACUGCAAAAGUCACCAUUGACUCGCUCAUAGCUGAGGGUGUCCGCAUGCAAGACUGCCUGAGAUCAAGGGAAAUGGAGCUCAAUGAGUCUAAGGCUCGAAUAGCAUCGCUUGAGGAAGAUCUGAAGAAGGAACAGGACAUGGCCAAUACCAAUGUCAGCUUUGGCAACCCUGAGCCUGAAUCUCUGAAGAAUGUGGUAACCACUGCUGAUGCCAAUGGGUUCUGUGAAAGUUCUGACCAGGAGAUCGAGCACUUGCGUACUGCGCUUGAGGUGGCUGAGAUAAGGUACCAGGAGGAGCAAACACGGAUGACUAUUGAGACGAAGGCGGCAUAUGAGAUGCUGGAGAAUAUGAAGGCUGAGUACAUGCGCAGAGUGGGCGAGCUUGAGCUUGAGCUGAAGAAUAAGAAGGAUGCCCUCAUGGAAGCAAUGGCAGCAGCCUGUGCAGCGGGCAAAAUGCAGCAGGAACCUCACAAGCCAGACACCAUUCAGCCUGAGCUGGAGGCGAAGUUGAUGAGGUCAAUCACGGACAACGCGGAACUGAAGGCAGGCCUGAUGGACAAGGAAAACGCACUGCAGAGUCUGGCAGAGGAGAACGAGACCCUCAAGACGCAGGCUGGCAGGGCAGAGGCGGAGCUGCAGCAGAAGUACGAGGCGGCGGUGGCUGAGCUGGAGCCGGCCAAGGCGGCGGAGCAGGACGUGCGGAUGCGGCUGGGCCUGGUCACCGAGGAGGCUGAUAAGAGCAGCAGGCGCGCUGCGCGGGCCUCCGAGCAGCUGGAUGCGGUGCAGGCUGCGAGCGGGGAGAUGGAGGCGGAGCUGCGCCGGCUGCGUGUGCAGUCCGACCAGUGGCGCAAGGCUGCCGAGGCGGCUGCAGUUGCUCUGUCAGGCGGCGGCGGUGGGGAUAACAACAGCAUCGGGAGGACGGUGGAGCGGACCGGGUCACUGGAGCCCGAGUACAAUAACUCCAUUGGCGGGAAGCUGAUGAGCUCCCCAUUCUCGGAUGAUGUUGAUGAGGAGUCGCCCAAGCGGCGCAACAGCGGUGGCGUGCUGCGGAGGAUGAGCGGGCUCUGGAAGAAGAGCCCCAAGUGAGGUGGAUCAGCCGUGUCAGGUUAUGUAGGGUAGGGUGAAGGUGCUGCAGCAGGUAGCCGAAAGAUGAGAUGUAACAGCAGCCAGAACGAGGUGUAAUACUGAUCAGCAGAGAGGUUGUUAGCUACCGAUGCUUGUAGUGCUGCUAAUCCGGAUGUGGUAACAGUAGUAGUAAGCUUUUUUUGAAGGCUUCAGUAGUAGUAAGCUGAUGAAUGCAGAAGGGAUGAUAAUGCUUUUGCAGAACAUGAUUAGUUGAUUGUGGCAUGAUCAUCCUGUUUGGCUGCUGCAAGUGAACUUGAAAGAACGUUGGGUUGAGUUGUUAAGGAGCAGCUGCUUCGGGCUGCCUAUUAUGUAAUGUAUGGAUUCCUUUGGGUCAGCAAUCUGGAUUUGUUGCAUAGUACCA